AGCAUGACAAAGACAACCAGAAACCAAAAUAAUCCCGUAAUGACACACGUUUCUUUUUGAUUGAGCACAUUUGUUUUCUGCAACCACAUGUUAUUUUUAUUCCUACAUAUUUUUAUUGAUUAUUAUGUAAAUAAUUGUAUUUGAUUAAUGAUUUUCUUAGUAGAAACGUAAAGUGCAACAAUGUCAACUCUCCUGGAAGUAUUAGUGACUUGUGAUUCUAAUAAUCCACUAUGGACAACUUGUGUUUGGGAUCCACACACCGGUACAAAUCUCAUGACUUACAAAGGUGGCGGAACUGCUGAGAUCAGAACUCUUUCUUUGAUCGGGAACGACUAUAUAGCAGCGGUUGAGAGAACGAAACCAAUUUUACAUGUCUGGCCUCUGAAUUCCCAACAAACAGUACAGGGUAUACGUUUCAUCUUACCCGGCAAAGCGAGUGCUUUAGCUAUUACACGCGAUGGAUCUUUCAUAGCAGCCGGCAUAGAUGAAAAAAUUUAUUUAUGGCAAACAUCAUCAGGCAAUUUGUUAACCAUUAUCAACCGUCACUAUCAAAAAGUUAUAGUAAUAAAGUUUACUGCAGAUGGACGUCAUUUUGUUUCUGCGGCGGAAGAUGGAAUGGUAAUGGUAUGGUCUUUAGUUACUGUUACUGCUCAUCCAGAGGUGGAGCAUGCUAGCCAAACUGUAGCUGGCCAACAUGAUCCGGUACAUAUCUAUUCCGACCAUUCCUUACCUGUGUCAGAUUUGUACAUUAGUAAAACUGGAAUGCAUGGUCGAUUAACUACUGUAUCUUGUGAUAGAUCAUGUAAAAUAUAUGAUUUGGCUACAGGUGAGAUGCUUUUAAAUUUAGUUUUUGAUGUACCUCUAACAGCUAUCACAAUGGAUGUUUUGGAGUUGUCUGUUUUUAUUGGUACUACAGAAGGUAAAAUUUAUCAGUAUAGUCUCACAAAUCCUCCAAGAAGCCGAGAUGUACUGAUCAAUACAGAAAAUAGUUGUUCCACAUUUCAUGGCCAUACUAAGAUAGUGAACUGUUUAUCUGUAUCAUUAGAUGGUGAAACUUUGAUGUCUGGUUCUAAUGAUGAACAAGUAAUUCUAUGGCACAUACCUAGUAUGCAGCCUAUUAGAACCAUUCGCCAUAAAGGCCCUAUAACAAAUGCAGUUUUUACUGUAAAUUUGCCAGCUAUUUAUAAACAAGAAUUCACUCCAAAUAUUAUUCUGCAUAGUUUAGAAAGAACAUUAGAAAAGGAUGCUGAUGAUGUAAUAGAAAUUGAAGUACUAGUAAACAAAAAAAUAUCUUUUUGGCCAGAAAUUCAUGAGAGUGAUAUACAAUCUAGUCAUUCCAAGGAGAUUGAAAAAGAAUCCAAACAAAAAGAAUUGAUAUUGAAAGAAGAGUUAAAUAAAUUGAAGAAGAUCAAUGCUAGCCUGUAUGCAUUGUCAAUAGAAAACACGUUAAACUCUAUUCAAACUUAUAAUGUAACAAAUUCAAAUAAUAAAAAGAAAAGAAAAAGUCAUUAAAUAAAUAAAAUGUAAUAUGUAAUAUUGUUUUUUA